AUGCCGUCCUCGUCUCAGGGGAAUCUCCCCUCCAACGCGACCAGCUCCAGCUCCAGCUCCAGGUCCGGAUCUCACACGCCCCACCCACCAGCAAACUCCAAUUCCUACCAAUCUGCCGCCUCCUACUUUUCCUACCCAGUCAGCCACGUCGUCUCAGGUCUCUAUCGACGCUUGACCGACCCCAACAUUGCUGCACCCGCCAUGCCCUCCAGCACAUGGUCGUCGCCCGAGGUCUUCACCCCUCGCCGAACCGCUUCUCCAUUCCAGCCACCACCUCUCACCCCUCUCACCCUCACAAUCCCCAAAGGCGCCGACCUCCUUCAGCAGCAGCUUCUAACCCGCGUAUUGGCCGAGGAAAUCCGUCUCCUCGUCCCUGCGCGACUCCAACUCGUUGAGAACUGGCGCCUCGCCUACAGCCUUGACCGCGACGGCGCCUCCCUAAGCACCCUCUAUGACAACUGUGAAGAAUUCUCCCAUCGUAGCCCGCGGGCGGGCUACGUCCUCGUCAUCCGUGACUCCUCCCCCACCGGCGCCGUCUUCGGCGCUUACAUGACUGACCACCCGCACCCUAACUCCCAGUUCUUCGGGACAGGCGAGUGUUUUCUCUGGCGCGCCAGCGUCCUACCUCCCCCAUCUAGCCUGGGUCUUUCAUUUCCAAGUGACGGUCCCCAGUCGGAAGAAGCGCUCGAGCGCGCCGGUCUCCCACCACCCCCGUCCGCUGAUACAACCUUCGCGGGUCGGUGGAGUACACUGCGCAACGACCCGAAAUCGAGAUCAGCGUCUCCUGCGCACAACUUGAAUUUCAAUAUCAAGACUAGUCUUGCAGCUGCUAGUGGUGGGGUUUUGGCGCCUCCAUCGCCAUCGUCCAUUCACACAUCCCGUAGUGGGGCGAGUACACCCGAGCGCAUUCGUUUUAAGGCAUUCCCGUACAGUGGUGUGAAUGAUUACAUGAUGUUCUGCGAAACCGGGUUCUUGAGUCUCGGUGGCGGUGAUGGACACUAUGGCCUGUGGGUAGAUGCCGGUCUGGAAAAGGGUGUCAGCGCGCCCAGCCAGACAUUUGGAAACGAGCCUCUGUCUGAUGAGGGUGUGAAGUUCGACAUCCUUGGUAUUGAAGUGUGGUAUGUCGGUUCCUGA